AUGCUGCUCACUCUCCUUCCGCCGACGUCCGCGCCGGCGCUGCAUCACCCGCUCGUCCUCCCUGAGCCGCAUCACGCGCGCGCACCGCUGCCCGUCGGGUGGGCCGCGCAGCUCUCAGGCCUGCAGCAAGACGGCCUCGACAUGCCGCCGAGCAUCCACGCACUGGACGGCUCGAGCGGAUGGUCCGCAAUCGUGGAGGAGUGCGUGUUUGAGCUGUUCGACGCGGGCGAGGGCGUGCGCGUGGAGUGCAUCCUGGUCGGGGGCGGGUCCGUGGUGUGGGACGUCGGGCGGUCGUGUGCGGAGGUGCUGAGAGAGGCGCUGACGGACCUCGCGGCGGCGAAGAAGGAGGCGGAGAAGGAGCGCGCGGCGAUCAUCCCGCGCACGUCUGCGCCGAUACACCACACGUACCCCGGCGCGGGCAGGGCGGAGUGGGCGCAGUCGUCGGACACGCUUGCGCUGCCGCCACCGGUCGUGGGCAAGGGCGCGAAGCACAAGAAGCAGCGCUCGCUGCUGUUCCUGUCGAGCAUCGUCAGCGGCCUGCACAAGCUCGCGGCGUCUGCAUCCUCAUCACCCACGCGGACGGCGUUCCCCACGUCGCCUACGCGAGAAGACUUUAUGAACUCACCAAGUCCGACGCAAGUCGCCUUUGGCGGUGCGAGGAGUACGGCGUGGACGACGACGCUUGCGUUCCUGCCGCCAGCGAGGAAGACGCCCCUGCCCGUCAGUGUGGCGCGGCCGCGGUCGGCCAUCCUGCACGCGAAGGCGCGCGGGGGCUCGUGGACGCAUGGCGACGACGACGAGCCGGAGGGUGCGUUGUGCACGUACGACUACCCGCGGUGGACGGCGGCGCGGAUGCUGCGGCGGACGGAGGAGUGGAUGGCGUGGCUGGUGCAGGAGGCGCGCGAGAACGGGGGCGGGUCGCUCGACAUGGACACGGCGGGCGGGUCGCGGCGGACAAGCGCGGCGCUGUCGGUGACGAUCCCUGGGCGGCAGCCGGAGCGGAGCGCGUCGGAGCUGUCGGGGAAGACACUCGUGCCUGGGGACGAAGAGAGUGCGGGGCGGGAGGUGAGCGUGGAGGUCGGCGAGGUGAUGUACAACGACGAGGGCGAGCGGGAGGUGGACGAGUGGGAGGAGAGCGUGAGCACGGAGGCGAGCAGCUGCACGGAGGACAGCGAAUCGGUGCAUACACCCGUGGACGGCGAGGAGGGCAUGCCAUUCGCGCUGCCGUUGCGCUCGUCGUCGUCUUCGUCGUCGUCGUCGCAUUCGCGUGCGGACUCACUUGUGGACGCGCACCCGCACGCGGCGGAUGUACCGAGGAGCCCGACCCCACCUUCAAGCCAGGCAACGUACGCGGCGCUCAGCGCGCAGAGGAUACACCUCCUGAAACUGCUUCGAAGCAUGAACACACACCGUGUGGCGGCUGCGCAGGAUGCGCGUAGUGCACGGGCGGUGCUGGAGGUGAAGAGUCGUCGGAGGGCGUGGAGCUCGCGUGCGUAUCUCGGGCGUGCAGAGGGCCGGUUGUGCGGACUCGCGACACCCGUACGCAGCUCGCCGCUCGCGCGAUGCGAGCCGACGACGGCAGCGUGGGGCGAGCCUGCUGGGGCCUUGGAGGUGUGCACAGGCGAGAGCGAUCUGAAGGAGCUUUUCCCGGUGGAAGAGGUGGACGAGGACGAGGAGGUGGAGGACCUGCAGUCGAUCAGCCUCGCUGAUGUCGCCGGGACCGGUGACGAGGACGCCUUGGAGGACCUCGAGAGCGGUUUGCUGCCCCCGAUGCCGGUGCCCAGUCCGUUUGGCGUGUCGACACCGACGCGCGUGCGGACGCAGAGCAUGUACGUCACAAACCACCCGAACGCGCCGGCUCCGUACCCGCCACGGGAAUCCUCACUCGCGAAGCCGGCGAACCUGAAUGUGGACGUCCAUCCCUAUCCUGAACGGUCGCUGCCGAGCUUGCCGCUCCCGUCGCCCCUAUCCCUUCCACCAACACCGUCGCCAUCGCACGCGCAAUUACCAGGCAGACCACCGUCAGCUCGACACAAGUCUGUCACUAACCCGGUCAACCGCCCACCACUCCCUGCGUCUGCGCUACUCUUCCAGCCGCUGAAGCCCAAGUUUGAGAGCCAGACGAAGUUUGCGCUCGUGGACGAUUGCGUGGACGGGCAUGAGGAUGCCGGGCCGCCUUAUAUCAAGGUCAGCGUGGAGAUGGAGGUGGGCGUUAACGUUCGAGAGGGCUGGGGAGAGGGAGUUGGCGUGCGGUGA